AUGGUCUCUGCUAAAUCCCUCGUCACUCUCGUUUUCAGCGCCUCGCUGGCGGCUGCCACCCUCUCCCCGGCGUCAUCCAACACCAAGGGAAAGUGCCCUGGCACACUUAAUUGUGACCCUGCCAAGACGUCCACUGCCAUCCAGGCUGCUGAGUGCUCCCACAACACGAGAACCUCGAAGACACAAACCUUUGCCGUCUUCGUCACUGACCACCAAUACGAUUCCUCUCACGGAGCCCCGUACGGAACAUGCAAGGCCUACACCUGCACUGCACCCACCGACGCAGAGAUGACGGAUUCUGAUGAGGAUUGCUGGACUUUCUUCUGGAAUGACAACGGAGAGUCAUCCGGUGUCGGAACGGGAUGCAUCAAAAGCCCUGACGACGGCACCUGUGGUUGCGAGAACUCCGAUGGAACCUUCGUGUAUGGCGGAACAAACUGUUCCUAG